AUGUUGCAACCUUUCACUACUUGCUUCACCUUUCUUAAUAGGAAGGCCAAAUUCUACAUUAACAAGCCAAGAAUCAUGGAUAUAAUAAGUGUAUGCUGCAAAAGACGACGACCCAACAAAAGAUUCUCUUCUAGUUCUGACUAUUCAUGCUCCUCUUUCCUUCACAUGGAGGUAUCUACCCAAUUUCAACAAGUUUUCAGGCUUAUUGACACUAAUGGAGAUGGAAAGAUAUCAAUCACUGAGCUCAGUGAAGUGCUUUCAUGCCUUGGAUACAACAAGUACACAGCUGCUAAAGAAGCUGAAGGCAUAGUGAGAGUGUUGGACUUCAAUGGAGAUGGGUUUGUGGACUUGGAUGAGUUCAUGGUUGUCAUGAAAGAAGAAGAAGAAAAUAUUGCAAGUGGCAUGGAGCAUGAUGAUAACCUCAUGGAUGCUUUUCUUGUCUUUGACACUGACAAGAAUGGCCUAAUCUCAGCUAAGGAUUUGCAAAGAGUUUUGCUUAAUCUAGGAUGUGUUGAUUGUAGUCUAAGAGAGUGCAAGCUUAUGAUCAAAGGGUUUGAUAAGAAUGGAGAUGGGUUUGUGGAUUUUGAAGAAUUUCGAUCCAUGAUGCAAAAAGGGCUUGCCACUUAGAGCUUGAAAUGGGUUUGUGCUGUAUUUUUCUCUCAUUUCCCCCUUUUUCUUUUGGUAAAUUACAGUAAUAUUCUUAAGGUUGAUAUAACAAAAAAAUGUUUUAUCGAACAAU